UUUCAUAGGUCGAUGAUAUUGAAAGUAGUAGUCUCGUGAGCUGUUCCACGGUACCAAACCAAUGCAGCCACAGCAGUUUUCAAAGGAGCGAGGACUCUUUGGUAAACUCUCUCCAGGGAUGAGAAAACUAGAGGGCAAGACUUUCUAUCUGGACAAUGUAAAGAGACUCUCAACUGCCCUGCUUUUGGAGGCUGUGUCUCUGCUAGGAGGGAAGAUUGAGAGUUUCUUGCACAAAGAUGUCAGCUUUGUUGUAACUGGAAGUCAAGAGCGUCUGAAGGAGAAAAAUGGGAUUGAAACCAGAGAAGAAGCCAGUAAAGGAACUCAGCUUCUGACGAGAGAGCAGAAGAACGGCCUCAACAAUGAUAAGCUUCCAACAAAACCCUCUAAAUCUAUGGCUUGUGCGAGCCGUGGGAAAGCUCUGCUUGAAAAAGCGAUCCGCAACAAUGAGCGGCUACGUGGGAGCAGCGUCCUGUCGGAUGCUCGAUCCUGGGGCGUAAAGAUCCUUUAUGUGGAUGAUGUCCUCGUAUGUCUGAAACAGCUGACUCGAGAGAGCUUCAGUCCUAAACACAAAAGGAUAGAGUCUGGUGGAGCGAAAGAAGGCGGCGGUGAAGCGCUGCGAGGAGCAGCUGCUGAAGAUGGAGGUCCAGGCGACCGACCGAGAGGAGAACAAGCAGAUCGCUCUGGGAACCUCCAAGCUCAACUAUCUGGACCCGCGGAUAUCUGUGGCUUGGUGUAAGAACAUGGAUGUUCCUAUAGAAAAAAUCUACAACAAAACGCAGCGGGAGAAGUUCGCCUGGGCCAUCGACAUGACGGAGGCCGACUUCGAGUUCUGAACCUCCUCAAACUCCAGGAGACGCUCCGGCGCCGUCCCGUCACGCCGCGUU